AUGGCUAGAGCUUUAACACUGACUGUUGAAGCUUCUCCAUUGAAAUGCGGAAAUGAGGUGACAUUAAAAUGUUUAUACUCUGGGCCAAUACCAUGUUGUUCAUCCUCUUCAAGGGUUUGGAGACGUGAUGGAACACACAUUAUGAGUGAUGGUGUUCAAGUUGUUAAUACAAAAAAAUACGAAGAGAGAGUUAAUGCUGCAGGCCAUUAUUUUGAAUUGAAAAUAUUCAACCUUGAGGAGUCAGAUUUCGGUAAAGUAUUUCAGUGUCAGUAUGGUUUCUCAACCAGCAAUUCCGUUACUUUAACAAAGGAUAUUACUCAUGGACAUAGCCUUUGUGACUUGUGUCCAUCGAACUGGACAAGGUUUGCUGAUUCCUGUUACUAUCCCAGCACUCAUAUGCAAGUUCAUUACUUUCACACUGCAGCGAUAUUUUGUAAUGGACAGAACUCGAACUUGGUGGAAAUUAAUUCCCAAGAGGAACAGUUAUUUAUGCAAAAAUUGAUCAACAAAACUAAUUCAUUACAUGACUUUUGGAUUGGUGCUAACGACAUUGAUCACGAAGGUAUUUGGAAGUGGAGUGGUUCUAACAAUGUAUUGAAUUACAGCCACUGGUGUGCUGGAGAACCAAACAAUGCACUACAGGGUGAAGAUUGUGCAGCUCUAAAUGUCAACAAAAUUCCAGGAAAAAAUUUCUGCUGGAAUGAUUACAGUUGCAAAAGUAAUCAUAACUUUGUAUGUGAGAAAAGUAUUUCGGCAGUAAGUUCAACAACCAAUGCUUAUACUCCAUCAACAGGAACACUGGUAUGGAGAACAGUCGCAAGAAAAUGA